ACAAACACCUCUGGAGGACUGAGAGUAAAAAAUAUAAUUGGAAAUAAAACUAGAAAUUGAAUGGAAAAGGUAAUUAGGACAUAGCAACAGAAAUAGUAAAGGAAAUUACGUAAUACUCAUUAUUUCCCACUUUUCCAGCUGUAUUUCCCAAUAACCUUCAACAUUUCCAAUUGUAUUUCCCAAAAGCAGGUCCAAAUGUAUUUCUCAAUUAGCUUUUAAAUUCAUUUUUCCAUUUCCCAACUUAUUUCCGAGUGGUAGCCCACCUGCUCUGAGGCUCUGUCCUGCUCACUGCCGUGCACUCUCCUUGGGUCUUUUUAUAGCAUGGAAACAGGAGAGAGCAGCUGCCCCUAAUCUCCCCAUGGCAUUCUCUAACCAUUCACACUUCAUUUGCUCCGGAGGCUGGAAACACCUCUACACACUCAAUCCCCGACUUACGCACGCAGUCUUUGGCUUUCUGACUCGUCUGCUAAAGCACGCUGCUGUUUGCUCUCAAACCAGCUCAGCUCGGCACCCAGUUUAGCCAUGGCAGACAAAAAUGCUCCCAGCAAAGUAGGCGCAGUGAAAAGGAAGGAAAAGAGGAUGGAACCCAAGACUGAAAAGGAGAAAAAAGAGAACGAGAAGGACAAGAACGUGAAAAAGACGCCCAAGAAGAUUCCGGAAAAGGCCGAGGUGGAGGCCGAGAAGCCGACAGGAAAUGGGGAGGAAGACCAAGGUGCGCAGGCCGGUCCUGAAGAUGGCGAACUCCAGUUUGAGCCAAUAGAGCUUCCUCCGUUUGAGAUCAUCACUGGGGAGCGGCUCAACUCCUCCUACUUCAAGUUCCAGUUCAAAAACGUGGAGUACUCCUCGGGCAGAAACAAGACCUUCCUGUGCUAUCAGGUGGACAUACGCGGUGGCGCAGCAGAUGCAGAUGGUCUCCGUGGUUACCUGGAAGAUGAGCACUCAUGCACCCAUGCCGAGGAAGCGUUCUUCCAGCAGGUGUUGCCUUCAUAUGACAAAUCGCUGCACUACACGGUCACCUGGUACAUAUCGUCCAGUCCCUGUGCUGCAUGUGCCGCUAAGCUGGGAGAGGUCUUGACAGUCCGCAAGUCCCUCCGCCUUAACAUCCACUGUUCACGCCUCUUCAUGUGGGAGGAGCCUGAGGUGCAGGCCGGGCUAAAGGCACUUGCCCAGGCAGGAUGUAAACUGAGGAUGAUGAGGCCCGUGGACUUCAGCUAUGUUUGGUCCACUUUCGUAGAGAAUGAGGAUGAAGGCUUUACGCCCUGGGAGGACUGUCAAGAUUGCUUCGAGUACUAUGACGAGAAGCUGACAAACAUUUUGCAGUAGGGAUUUGUCACUAGAGGGCACUGCUUUCGUCUCAUUGCACAAGCUGUACUUUAUCUACGAAUUUUCUGCUGAGAAAUUGUUUCUCUCUGUCUGUUAUGUAUCACACUGUAAUAUGUUAAAACUAGAGAACUCAGACUCUUAUGGUCUUUAACACUGCAGUAACUGAGUAGGAAUGAUGUAACUACAUCAUGCAGUACAUCCAAUGGGUUUCUAACGCUUGUUGGUUAUGCAAAAAUACCAUAAUUUGACUCAAUGUACAAUCAAUUCAUAGAUUAAUUACAUCUAUGCUCACUGGGCUCAGUUGAUGUGAUGUAAAAUCGGGUAUUCCUUUUAUGACUCAGGGCUGAUUUUCCUGACAUAGAUUAAGCAAACUUUUCAAUAUGCUAUGUACACUUGAUUGAGCUUGUCUACAAAGUUUGCCACAUCUUAAAAAGCAGACAUGUUGAGCUUUGUAUUUCUCCAUGUACUGAAUGACAAUCACACCAACGUUGCUUUUUCUAAAUGAAAAGGACUUCUCAUGCCAUGUUGAAAGCUGAUCUCAACUGGCGAUUAAAUUCAAGCACUUCACUCUUUCUGUGAAGUAAAGGUGAUACACAUAAAUUCCAUCCACAACCAUUGGGUUUAACUGUGCAUUUCAAUGCAUACAGCAAUACAAAGACACACACACACACACACACUGCAUAUUUUGCAUCAAGAACCUUAAUAUAGACUUAAUCAGCCUAGUGUCUAACGUAAAUGAUCAUGAACCAAAAACCACUGUGAGAAGGCAGCAAACACAGACACAUAAGCAGUAGUACUUAUACAGGCUGCUAAAUAGUAGCACAGUGCUUCCAACGACUGCUGCUCUAGUCUGCUUACGUAUAACAUGCAAUCUAACCCAUUCAUACUAUGGAAACAGUAAUGAGCAAUCAUGUUUAAGCUGCACUCGAUGAUUCCUCAUGGAUUUGACACAUUAGGACAUAAAAGUGAACUAAUCACCAGAUCAUUAUUCAAAUGCUAUUAAUUGGAAGUCGACCAAUAUGUAGCUUUAGUCUGAGGGACAUUACACUUCCCCUCAUACCUUUAUUUCCAUGAGGUAAACUGUUUGGUAAAUGCCAAAUAAAAACAUCAUUCUGAGAGUCAGUGCUUUUUCUACAAUAAAAAACUGUAGUCAUGUAAAUUUAAAGUAUUUGUGUGUUUCUCUAAUAUUUACACUUUUGGAAUAUUACUUUGACAUUAAUUUUAAGAAAGCGUUAUACUUCAGAUUGCACUAACAACCUUUUGAUUUUACUUUGACUGCAUGUGUGAAGUUGUGGUUGAGCUGAUAUUACAGCUGAAGUACCAUUGUAUUUUCAAAUACAACUGCUUCGAAUUUAUAAUUUUCAAAA